AUGUUGGCCCACAUCGCGUGGCCAGCUAUCCCUUUCUCAAAGCACUGGCCGUCAGGGCACAGACCCAUACGCCUCCUGCUGCUCCUUUCUCCAGUUCGUCUUCCUCCUCUGGAUCGAGACCUUGGAGCCUGCUCCAUGGACCUGUCCAUGGAUACGGAGGGCGAUUCCGAACAGAGGAUUAGCCGCGGGCAUGCGGGCAAUGCUUGUGCUGCCCGGCCUAUAGAGUCCCAGGCUUCUAUCAGCGUCGCCGAGGCUGACAUUCGCCGUGCAGGGGACCUCCGUAGCGGUGGCGGAGAUGCCGGAUUUCUUGGCGAGGACCCGCUCUUGCAAGUUUGUUCGGAGGCUACGAGCAGAUGGACACGCAGGGUAAGGAUCAGAAAGGCCCCCGCUGAGCGCGAGCUCAACCCUAACCGGAAAAGUGCCCUUGAAUUGUCCAUGAGGGCUUUCAUAUUGAAAAGAGAUGGCAAUGUUGUCAACCCAGCUGUCGGGACCUCUUUUGAUUCAUUGGAUGAAGCCUAUCAGUUCUACAAUUUGUAUUCGUGGGAGCUUGGAUUUGGUAUAAGGUAUUCGAAAAGCAGGCUAAAUGUGGAGCGGGUGAAGUGCAUGCAGGAGAUAGUCUGUGGAUGUGCGGGUAAACCGGAGAGGGAGAAUACAAGAUCAACACGGUGCGGUUGUGCUGCCCGGAUCAGGCUGCUUCGGUCGGACGACAAUGGAUGGUAUAUUUCAGAGCACCGGGCGGCACACAACCACUCUUUGUCAAGCACUUGUGGUGAGAAAAUGCAUUGGCCGUCGCACAAGCUCAUUGACCGGUAUACUAAGGAUCUUGUUAGGCAGCUUAGAGAGAACAAUGUCAGUCUUGGAAAGGUUUUUAGCAUAGUUGGUAGUUUUUUUGGAUCAGCUGAUAAUGUGCCAUUUACAAAACGGUCACUAAAGACGCUGUGUUGCAAGUUGAACAAGGAGCAGUCUGAUUCAGAUGCCCGAAAAACAAUGGACGUACUUGCGGAGAUGAAAGCAAACGAUCCAGAAUUCAACUAUACUGUCCAGGUUGAUGACGAGAGCAGGAUUAAGACACUUAUGUGGGUUAACGGGCGUAGUGUGGACCAGUAUAGGUGUUUCGGAGAUGUUGUAACAUUUGAUACCACAUACAGGACAAACCUAUAUGACAUGCCAUUCGGUCUGUUUGUAGGAGUGAACAAUCACUUCCAGAGCAUAAUUUUCGGAGGUGUCAUGCUGAGGGAUGAGAAGGAGGACACAUUCAAGUGGGUUUUCCGUGAAUUCAUCAGGAUGGUCGGGGGUAAACACCUGUAAACAAUAUUAACAGGCGCGGUCAAUGGAAUUGGCUAUAGAAACAGAGAUGCCCAAUACAACGCAUAGGUGGUGUAAAUGGCAUGUGCUGAAGAAAGCAAAGGAGUCAAUGGGGGUUUUGUGGAGCAAGAAAACUGAUUUCACAAGUGAAUUUCAUAAGCUGGUUCAUCACAUGGUCACGGAGCAAGAGUUCGAGGAUGGAUGGUCUGCAAUGCUCAUUGUAUCUUGAUUAAUAACUCUUGCUGAUCCCUCCGCAGCAAAAUGAUUAUCCAUUCCGACAAACACCAUGAACUACAGAACCUAAUGGCAGGCAAACUAGUGAGAUUUAGGAAGAACUGCUAAAUUGCUACUGAAAAGCGUGAGGCUGUUCAUACCUUUUCCGGCGGCGGCUUCGUGCUGAACAAGUCGCUGAUAGGCAAA